AUGAGCCAAAUUGCUCCAAAGUGGUACCAAUCUGAAGACGCUCCAGUCGCAAGACAAACCAGAAAGACUUCUCGUCCACAAAAGUUACGUGCCUCGUUAGUUCCAGGUACCGUCUUGAUUUUGUUGGCCGGUAGAUUCAGAGGUAAGAGAGUUGUUUACUUAAAGAACUUAGAAGACAACACCUUAUUGGUUUCCGGUCCAUUCAAGGUCAACGGUGUUCCAUUAAGAAGAGUUAACUCUCGUUACGUCAUUGCCACCUCCACCAAGGUUAACGUUGAAGGUGUUGAUGUUUCCAAGUUCAACGUUGAAUACUUUGCUAGAGAAAAGGUUCCAAGAUCCAAGAAGUCUGAAGCUGAAUUCUUCAACGAAGCUCAACCAAAGAAAGAAAUCAAGGCUGAAAGAGUUGCUGACCAAAAGUCUGUCGAUGCCUCUUUAUUAUCUGAAAUCAAGAAAACUCCAUUAUUAAAGCAAUACUUAUCUGCUUCUUUCUCCUUAAAGAGCGGUGACAAACCACAUUUAUUAAAGUUCUAA